AUGAGUAUAGUCCAUCCACCGCUCAGUCACUUGGAAUGGGUACGUCGGAAGGAACUCUUCGGCGAAGGGAUCAGAAAGGUGAACAACAUUGCGUUAUUUUAUAAGUACCCUCACCUGGUCCCCAAGGAGGAUCCAACUAUUGAUAGACUGGACCGGGGAAGUCGCAAGCGCUCUGUUAGUUCCGAUCCGAGUGGUAUUGAGAAAGCUCGUGAGAAGAGAGAACCUCCUGGCUGGAUGCCCGUCCCGAUGACGGACCGCGAACAGAACUUGCUCAAGCUCAUAUGCACUCGCUACUUGAUGUUCAUCGACCCGGGCUUCAAAGACUUCCUUUUGUGUAGCUCUGAAAAUGCCGCGAAACUCCUCCAGCAGAUAGGGCGACUACUGGCGGCGAGAGACAACAAACGGUUGCCAGUUCAUAGGGCGGUCCAAAUUGCGACUUCAUCUUGUGUGCGAGUUCCGAAAGAGCUUCGGGAUGAGGAGCCGAUUAUGUAG